CUGUUUUUGAGGUAUUCAACAGGUUUACAUUUUAACUAAGUUUUCGAAUCCUUUAUCAGCAAGAAUGAAUAUCGACAAGAUACAAGAGUUUUAUGAGCUAUGCAAUAACGCUGAGAAACAAUUAGAUCGUUUUAAUAAAGAAAUUAAAGAAUUAAAGGCCUUAGAUCAAGUAGUGAAUGAUGAAUUACGCCAACGUGAAGAUACUUCCAAAAUACAUAAUGAGAACUUGAAGUUAAAAUAUCAAUUACAUCAUUUAAAGAAAAGUUUAGAUGAAGCUCACAAAGAGAGGCAUAAAUAUACACCAAGUAUAUUAUUUGUAUUGCAACAAUUUUUUACAAGAGCAAUACAUGAUGCAUACCCCAAUAUUGAAGAAUCAUUAGAAGCUAGUAUACAAAACUGUGGCAGCCAGUCCACCUUUGGUGAUUACCAAUGCAAUUCUGCUAUGAGUCUCUACAAAGUAAUGAAGUCUAAACAAAAUAUGAAGAAGAAAAAAAUAUCAGAUCCUAAAAUGAUAGCUGAACAACUCACUCGAAAUUUAUUACAAGCUCAAAAGAAUUAUAUGAUUGAUUUAUUAACCAUAGCUCCUCCUGCCUUCAUAAACAUAACUCUCGCUAAAACUCCUAUAAUUGAUAUUUUGACAAAUUUUUUGAAAGAAGGCAGCAUAUUACCACCUAACCCUGGCCCAAAAUAUAAAGUUAUAGUUGAUUUAUCUUCACCCAAUUUAGCCAAAGAAAUGCAUGUUGGACAUUUAAGAUCCACGAUUAUAGGUGACAGUUUGUGCCGUCUUUUAGAAUACCUAGGCUUCGACGUACUAAGGCUUAAUCAUGUCGGCGAUUGGGGCACUCAAUUUGGCAUGCUCAUUGCUCACUUACAAGAGAAAUUUCCGGAUUACCUUAAAAUUUCGCCUUCGAUCGGUGAUUUGCAAUGUUUUUACAAGGAAUCUAAGGUAAGGUUUGACAAUGAUCCAGAAUUUAAAAAGCGUGCAUACGAGAAUGUUGUCAAACUUCAAGGCAGAGAAGACAAUAUAAUGGCCGCCUGGAAGUUGAUUUGUGACGAAUCCAUUAGAGAAUUUCAAGCCAUAUACGAUUUGUUGGAUAUUAAAUUGGUUUACCGAGGAGAAUCUUUUUAUCAAGACAUGAUGAAAGGAAUGAUCUUGGAGUUACAAUCUCAAAACAAAUUGGUGAAUGAGGAUGGAAGAUUAGUAAUGUUUGUUAAGAACCAUGACGUGCCUUUAAUUUUGCAGAAAUCUGAUGGCGGUUUUACUUACGAUACAUCUGAUCUGGCUUCUAUAAGACAUCGUAUACAAGAGGAAAAAGGACAACGAUUGAUUUAUGUGGUCGAUAGUGGGCAGUCGUUACAUUUUAAUGCCCUUUUUGGAGCCUGUAAAGAAUUAGGUUGGGCGUCUAACGUUAAAUUGGAGCACGCUGCCUUUGGUGUUGUUUUAGGAGAGGAUAAGAAAAAAUUUAAAACUCGUUCUGGCGAUACAAUACGCUUACUAGAUCUUAUAUCCGAGGGUCUGAAGAGAACUGAAGCUAAAUUGAUCGAAAAAGGAAGAGACAAGGUGUUAACGCCUGCUGAAUUCGAAGCCGCAAAAAAUGCUGUAGCUUUGAGCUGUAUUAAGUACGCCGAUCUUUCGAAUAAUCGCACCAAGGACUACAUUUUUUCUUUUGAUAAGAUGCUGGAUGAUCGGGGUAACACGGCUGCUUACCUGCUUUAUGCCUAUACCAGAAUUCGUUCUAUCGGUAGACUAGCUGGCCACGAUCGAAACACGUUAAGAAAAAUGAUGCUUUCUCUCGAAACUAAUGCUACUCCCACGAAUAACACGUUUGGUGGGUUCAAGCUGGAGCACGAGAAGGAACUUAAGUUAGCCAAAAUUUUAUGUAGAAUAGGAGAGAUUAUUCUUCAAGUCACAGAUACCUUGCUUAUCCACACGCUUUGCGAUUAUCUUUACGAAGUUUCUUGCGUCUUUACAGAGUUUUACGAUAACUGUUAUUGCGUGGAAAAAGAUAAAGCUGGUAAUAUAGUCAAAGUUAGCAUCGAAAGAUUGAUGAUUUGCGAAAUAACGGCUUUAGUCAUGGAAUUAUGCUUUAAAAUUCUGGGAAUUGUUCCGGUUGAAAGAAUGUGAUGAAUAUUUAUUUCUAAAUGUGUUUGAGUUUGCGUAUUUUAAUAAAAAAAUUGUGAAGAUGCUUAUGAUUUAAAUAUAUAUAUAUUGAUUUGACAUAUAUACUAGUCGUCUAUGAUCACUUUACUAUCAAUCAUCCUAUCUCAAAACAGAUU